GAAAGAGAGAGGUUGACACAUCCUCCAAGUAUGCUUUUUUGUUUUUCCAAUCUUUCUCUCUCUUUUUGUCCUCUUUAUCAAAACCCCAAGCAACCACAACAUUCCACCCUCCCCCUCCUCAUUGGCCCUCAACAUUCUCUCUCAAUUUUUCUCUCCCAUUCUCUCCCUUAGGAUCUUCUUUUCCUCAACUAAUUAAGAGUUUGUUUGAGGCCUUGUGCUCAAGUUUUUGUUUCGGGUGUAACAAGGCAGCUCUAGAGCUUCUUUUGUAGAUAUCUCUAUACUCUUUGUUAUCAAUUAAUUUCAAAUAAAGAGGGGGGUGCAUAUAGAAAUUUGGUGAGUUAGAUUAUAAUAUAUUUCAUAUGGCACCUGUUUCAUUGCCUCCUGGAUUUAGGUUCCACCCUACCGAUGAAGAACUUGUUUCUUAUUACCUCAAAAGAAAGAUUAAUGGCCGUAGGAUUGAGUUGGAGAUCAUCCCUGAAGUUGAUCUCUACAAGUGUGAACCAUGGGACUUGCCAGGGAAAUCAUUGCUACCAGGGAAAGAUUUGGAAUGGUAUUUUUUCAGCCCUCGGGACAGGAAGUACCCAAAUGGGUCAAGAACCAAUAGAGCAACAAAAUCUGGAUAUUGGAAGGCAACGGGGAAAGAUCGAAAGGUGAAUUCUCAAACUCGUGCUGUUGGAAUGAAGAAAACCCUAGUUUACUAUAGAGGAAGAGCACCACAUGGAUCUCGUACCGGUUGGGUUAUGCAUGAGUACCGUCUUGAUGAAAGAGAAUGUGACAAUCCUUCUGCAGGCUUGCAGGAUGCAUAUGCGCUUUGCCGUAUAUUCAAGAAGAGUACAGUGAUAGUCCCAAAAGUUGGGGAGCAAUAUGUUAAUAAUGUGACUAGGCAUGCAAAUCAUAUGACAAGUGAUCAACAAUCAUCAAGCAUUGAGUUAUACUCUGAAGGAGGAAGAGAUGAAGUUUUAGAGAGCUCAAAUUAUUUGAUGCCAUGGGAUGCAAACUCAAUCCAAAACAUGAAUGGGAAUAAUAAUUUCAAUAACAAUGGUGGAAUCACAAGGGACAAUGGAAAUUGGACACAAUUCUUAUCGGAAGAUUUGCUCAAUCUUCCAACAUCUUCCUCAUCACUUCCCAAUUAUGGAUCCACACCUAAUUACCCUCCAUCCAAGGUGGAUAUAGCACUAGAAUGUGCAAGAAUGCAACAUAGGUUUUCCAUGCCACCUUUGGAGGUGGAAGACUUUCCUCAAGUUGGUUUUAAUUCCGAGAUGAAAAUGACACAAUUAGCCUCAAGUUCAAUGUGUGGAACUAGAAAUGAAACAGAUAUCUUGCAAGAAAUUCUAUCUGUUGCUCAAGCUUCUCAAGAAUUGAUAAAUAAUCAAUCAAACUACUCACAUGCAUUUGGUGGCAAUGAAAACUAUGCAACUCAUCAUGAAAAUGAUUUUACUUUUAUGGUUGGAAAUAAUAAUUACAAUAUGAAUGAUCAUAUGAACUCCAUGAGAUAUGAUGACAAAGCAUGGGAAGAUCCAAACAUGAGAUCAAUAGAGAUUGGAGAUCUUGAUGAUGAAUUCAAGGCUGAAAGAAUGGUAGAGAAUUUAAGAUGGGUUGGAAUGUCAAGCAAUGAUUUAGAGAAGAGUUUUAUGGAAGAGCAUCAAAAGGUUGUUCCAAUUGAGGAAAUUUCAAGCUUCCAAACAAACAGGAAAGAGAAUGAGGUGCAAGUAGAAUCUGAGCAACAAAAUAUCAACAAAGAAAUCAAUGAAACUAACAUUGGUAAUUUCUCAAUGGAGUUUAUCAAUGAUAAUGAUGACCCAAAUGAGAAUUUUAUAGAUGAUAGUAACAUUGAUUAUUCAAAUUCUACAAGCUAUGAAGUUGUUGAAGAAACAACAAAAGUUAGUCAUGGAAUGUUUGUUGCUACACGUCAAGUAGCUGAUACAUUUUUUCACCAAAUAACUCCUUCACAAACAAUCAAAGUUCAACUCAAUCCAAUUAUGGAAAACAAAAAAUCUAUAGAGAAUGAAGAAACAUUGGUUAUACCAAAAAAACAAGGGUACCCUUUCUUAAGGAAGUUUAAGGCCAAUUUGAUGGAGUACAUGAAAAAGCCAUCAAAGACAAUAACUAGUGCUAUUGUUUUUAUGUUUGCACUUUUUUUGGUGCUUUGUGUUUAUUUGAAGGAGCAAGUUGAAGAUAUGAAACCAAAGUCAAAGUUUGUGAAAAGGAAAUAUUGCUAUGAAGCUAAUAGCAUGAACAAAAUAAUUUGGAAGGAAAAAAUUUGGUUUGUUGGUAGGAAAAGUGGUAAAGGUUUUGAUGUGGUCUUGAAGAAGAUAGGAAUUUUCCUCACCAUAUCUUUGGCUCUUUGUACUAUGUGGGCUAACCAUAUAUGAUAGUUUGUGCUUGAAUAAUUUCUAAUUUCAUUUUGUUUUUAGUUUUUCUAACUUAAGAAUUUGAUAUAGAAACUCAAAUUGGGGUUCUUUAAAUUAUAUAGGGGGAUUGAUAAUGUAUCCAAAUACUUGUAUUUUUUCUUACUUGGUCACACAUGUUAUUUGA